GCGGGGGGAGGGGGAGGGGGUGGCGGGACGGACGUAGAGGACAGCGAAGCCUGCCGGACACUGACAGCUCCAUCGCUCCCUCCCUCGGCUCAUCCCCGAGUCCCCACUUCCCUCCUCCCCUCGCUCGGAGCAGCAUCCUUGGUCCUCACUUCUGGGGUCGUCCUGCUCCCGCGGCUCCGUGUAAUUACCUCCUCUCACCCACGAACCCGGGAACUUUCUCCGCCAGCACCCGGGAGUGGGGGGGGGUGCUUUGCCUGGGCGGGUUUCUCCUGGGGUUCGUUGGGGGGCAGUCUCUAGAGAAGGGCUUCAGGGUCCCACAGAGACACCUGCCACCCUCAGCCUGCCUCCAGCCGGGCUGCCGUCGGGUCUCGGCACCCUCUCACCUAACCAUGACCGAAAUGAGCGAGAAGGAGAACGAACCGGAUGACGCGGCCACCCACACCCCCCCGGGGACAGUCUCUGCCCUCCAGGAAACCAAGCUCCAGAGGUUCAAGCGCUCACUUUCCCUCAAGAACAUCCUCCGAAGUAAGAGCAUGGAGAACUUCUUCUUUCGCUCGGGGUCUGAGCCCAAAUGCCCCACCGAGGUGCUGCUGACGCCCCCGACCCCGCUGCCACCUCCCUCCCCACCACCAGCGUCUGCAGACUGGGGCCUACACACCCCAGCCCUGUCCCCCUGCCCGAUCUCACGCCCCCUGGCACCACUCAAACCAGUGAGGCUGCACAGCUUCCAGGAACACGUCUUCAAGCGAGCCAGCCCCUGUGAGCUGUGCCAACAGUUCAUUGUGGGAAACUCCAAGCAGGGUUUGCGGUGUAAGACAUGCAAAGUCAGCGUCCACCUCUGGUGCUCCGAGGAGAUCUCCCACCAGCAAUGCCCAGGCAAGACGUCCUCCUCCUUCCGCCGCAACUUCAGCUCCCCGCUCCUGGUGCAUGAGCCGCCACCAGCCUGUGCCAUGAGCAAGGAGUCCCCACCCACUGGGGCCAGCGGGAAGGUGGACCCCGUCUAUGAGACCCUGCGCUACGGAACCUCCUUGGCCCUGAUGAACCGCUCCAGCUUCAGCAGCACCUCUGAGUCCCCCACGCGGAGCUUGAGCGAGCGGGAUGAGCUGAUUGAGGACGGGGAAGGCAGCAUCCGCAGCUCAGAGGAGGGCCCUGGCGACAGCGUAUUCACAGCCGCGGCUGAGAGCGAAGGGUCAGGACCAGAGGAGAAGAGCCCCGGACAGCAGGCCCCCAGGCCCCUUCUACGGAAGGAUGUGGGGCCCAUGUACUCCUACGUCGCGCUCUACAAGUUUCUGCCCCAGGAAAACAACGACCUGGCUUUGCAGCCUGGAGACCGGAUCAUGCUGGUGGAUGACUCUAACGAGGACUGGUGGAAGGGCAAGGUCGGCGACCGGGUUGGCUUCUUCCCAGCCAAUUUUGUGCAGCGGGUGAGGCCAGGCGAGAACGUUUGGCGCUGCUGCCAACCCUUCUCCGGGAACAAGGAACAGGGCUACAUGAGCCUCAAGGAGAGCCAGAUCUGUGUGGGCGUGGGCAGGAGCAAGGAUGCUGAUGGCUUCAUCCGCGUCAGCAGCGGCAAGAAGCGGGGUCUGGUGCCAGCCAACGUCCUGACCGAGAUCUGAGAAGAGCCAAGAGAACCCGGAAGCCACCCCUGCCUGUGCCCGGCCCUUGCUUCUGGCCCCAGGAGGGGAGCAGGCCUCUGCCCACACUCUCUCUCCCUCUGCCCUUCUCCUUGGGGCCAGUCACCAUGGCUUGGGAGGCUUCUGCACUGAGGAGGGUUUUAUUUCAUGGGUCCUGGAGUGCCCUGAGGAGGCUGCUGCUCUGAGACUUGGAGGUGGGGAGGAGGAGAAAGUGGGAGGGGAGGGGAAAGCUCCAGGUGGGACCCCCUGGUGCCCAUGCACUCCCAAAGCCCGUUGCCAUGCUGAGUCCAGCCCUGAGAGGCAGUUCCUGGGGAACUUCCCUGCUGCCUCUUCCAGAGACCUUCCCCUGCCCACAGCAUCUUUGCCUGCCUGACAGCUCCCCUCUCCUCACAGAGCCUCUGCUUGGGUCUUUGUGUGUGUGACCCUGCAGCUGCCCCUUUGGAAGUGGGGCCUUGGGAAGGUGCCUUCCCGGGUCCCUUAGCCCCAGCUCUGGGUAGGGAGGGAAUUCAGGGCUGCAGGAGGAUCCUCGUCUCACCACCUCUGUCACUCCAUCAAUUCUCAGGAAAGUUCUGCGGUUAUCUCUCCCAUUACUUGAAACCUGGGUGGACAGAGGAGGGGAGGGCUGAGGUCUGGGGAAGCUGUGGUAAAUCAGAGACUGUCCCUCAAGUAGUGCAGUCACCACAGAGCAGCCUCAUCUUCCCCUUGUGCACUGGGAAAGGACACCCAAGAGCGGCCUGAACACAGAAACCCGAUUAAGAACAAAAGACUGGCCCACGCCUGCUCAAAAUAACCCCCAGUUCACUGUCAGGACUCUAAAAGCUCAGUUCCUGUCCCAGUCCUCUCCAGGCCCACCCCAGGAACCCAACCUUCAGGGCUGACCCCGCAGUGACCCUCCCUCACCCCCUCUCUCCAGGCUCUGCAGGGGACAGGGCUGCCUUUGCAGGGGUUCCUUUUCUGGUUGCAUCUGCUCCCUUGUCCAGGACACAGAGCCCUGGGAGGAAGAGGGAGUGGGAGACAGACAAAGAAUUCUGUUGGAGCACCAGGAGGGGAAGGGGGUAGGCAUCCUGGGCGGGGGGGGGGGACACGCAAAGAGGACCCCUCCCUUGCAGGUUGCUUCUCUCUGGUACCAACUUCCCUCUCCCCCCAAGCUCAGAGCCUCCUCUUGUGCCCUUGAUCGUGCCAGCCAAUGCCACCCCCCAUCCUAGGCACAGUCACACCCUCCCAUGCAGUGGGAGGGACACAUCCUCCUACCCACUGGCCCCUGCCCCACCUCUCCCUCGCAGAGAGGGGUACUCAAGCCACACUGCCCUGUUUGCUGCCAUGAGGCCCCCCCCCCUCCAGCAAUGUCCCAGGGGCGGGCCCAAUGCCCACUGUACAUGAGGCUGCAUGAGGCGUCUGCUGGGGCAUUGCUGAGCCCCCAGACUCCUAAUUAAAUGUUUCU